GCGGGCGAAUACUAGUUCAUAGUGCGUGGUACUACUGCACAUAAAAAAAGAUCGAGCUACCUCUCAGAUCUGACAAACGUGAUUAUUAUCAAAACACCGAACUGUUUUCUGAAUGGAUCGCAGCUACGGAACUCCAAGAUCUGUUGAUGCUGUCGAUCCUACUUCUUCGUAUGAUGCUUGGCCGACUUUACCAUCUACCCGGUCGAUAUCCGAAACAAGCUCAAGGUCUCGAUGCUUCUGCUGCCGCUUGCGACUAUCUUGGACAGCUGUCAGCGUGGUGGAGAUCGCUCUGAUGAUUGUCACUGUUGUAGCAUAUUAUUUCCUUCCCAAAAAGUUUCUUGAAAGAAUGUUACCGCUUGGAACAGAAGUAACCGAAGUGUCAGAGUGGAUAAUGCGAAUGGUCGGAAGUAUGGUUAGCGUGCAGAUUGUCCUUCUCAUUGGUGGGAUUGGCUGGGGCAAUGCAGUAACCAGGAAAAUCAUCUACUGGGGAAUGUUAACAGGAGACGUUCUGCUCGUCGCCAUCCAUGCAGCUUUUGUACACAGUACAGAAUCCAACUGGAAUGCAGUCAACUUGUCAAUAGUAGUUUUGGCAUCAACAUUUGCUCUCUUCAGGAUGAUAACACUGAUAUGUAAUCCAAGAUGGUGGCUCUGGGUCCCAGAACCUAACUUCUGAAGUUUGGUUUUACAUGAGACAGGCAGAGUGAAACAAAGAACAUGAUUUUUACAGAUUAUGUGUAAUACCCAAAUUUUAUGAACUGCUGAAGUUGACAAUAUUCUUUCAGUUAUCUAAGGAGCUAUUUGUGACGAACAUUCUAACCCUUUACCUCCUAUAAGUGACCAGAAGAGACUUUAUCCUUACAAUUUCAAUACAAUAUCAACCAGAUAAGUGAUGAGAAUAAAGAAAAAUAUCAAUUUGGGGAUAAUUAGUUGAUCCAAUACUAAAUUCUCUGAACUAACAUUAUGAGAGUUGUAUGGUUGACAGUAAGGAGAAUGACAAAUUUGAUCUGGGAGUUAAAGGGUUAAGGAACUGUAAAAGUAGAUGCUAAUGAGACAAAAGUAGAUUGUGAGUGCCUUUCAAUUAAGUCACGUCAGGUACAAACAAGUUUUAUUGUGACAGAGGCAUCUGAAGUGGUGUAUCAGGGUGAAAUAUAAUGGAAGUUGUGUAGGAUUGAAUUCUGGUUGCAUUAAACUGCAAUUUUUUGUAUCCUUCUGAAA